UGUCCGGCCGUUUUCAUACGUGGGUGUCGACUACUUUGGACCAUUGUUGGUGUCCGUACGCAGGAGCACGGAGAAGAGGUACGGCGUGCUCUUUACUUGCCUGACAACGAGAGCGGUUCACUUGGAGAUAGCGUACUCAUUAUCUGCCGAUUCGUGUAUCCUGGCCAUUCGGAGUUUUAUGGCCAGACGCGGCGUCCCACGUGAAUUUUGGAGUGAUAACGCCACCAAUUUCAAGGCCACACAGCGGGAACUCAGUGCUUCCUUUAACGAAAUGGACAAGGACAAGCUUGUACGCGCCUUUACGAGCUCUUCCAUGAAGUGGAUGUUCAUACCACCAGCAUCGCCACACAUGGGUGGUGCCUGGGAAAGGCUAGUUAGGUCGGUAAAAGACGUCCUUUCGAAGAUACUACAGUCGCAGCGACCGUCUGAUGAGCUAUUGCGAGGAGCCUUAAUGGAAGUCGAAUCCAUCGUCAACUCCCGACCACUCACCUACAUACCGCUGGAUCACUAUGAAGACGAGGCUCUCACACCAAAUCACUUCUUGAUUUGCAGCUCCAGCGGAAUGAAGCCCUUGAUAGAGUUUGUUGAUGAAGCAGUUCAAAUGCGAAGAG